AUUAAUUCAGGGUGGAUGGGAGGGAUGUUGCUGCUGUCCCUGCCGAGGCUCCAGUGCCUCUGCUGUCGUGCUGCUUGUAGCCGAGUGUUUGUGUGAGCAGAGAGGACGAGUCUGCUGCUGCUGCUUACUGGGAACCAGACACCAGUCCAGCCCCGACUCCACAUCCUGGAGCCCACCGACUGACUGACUGUGUGACUGACUGUGUGACUGACUGACUCGCUGGGUCUUCAGUACACGACCAAACGGGGAUGUUACAUGGACUAUAGUGGGAGCAGGACUGCAGAGAGGUCAGUGGAGUCAUGAGGAGUUAUUGACUGACAGACAAUCUCCACCUUAGCUUUUGUAUUUUGGCGAUAUUCAGGCUUCAGAGAAACACGUGAGGAACCCUCCAUCGUUUUCUGCCUCCUCCACUGCUCAUGCGGCCUCAGUCAUUUCUACUUCCCACCUCCCGUGUGCUCACAAGGUGCUUGUUGUAAAGAGGCAGAGAUGACAUCCCACAAACUCUUCGUCUCAGCCUCCUUACACAGCUUGACCCAAGGAUAACCAUCGAUCCUCCAAGCGGCACUAAAGGACCGACACUCCCCGACACAGAGCCGCGCCCCUGGCUGCAGGCAGUAUGGGAGACGGGAGCUGGGUAUGUCUGAGCCCAGCUGAGUUCACCCAGCUGCAAAAAUACAGCGAGUACUCCACGAAGAAGCUGAAGGAUGUGCUGGAGGAGUUUCACGGUGACGGAAUUCUUUCCAAAUACAACCCAGAGCAGGUGUGUCUGCAGCGCAACGCCAUCAUCCUCCAUCCACCUCCAUCUUUUCUGUCACUUGAUAUUCUGCGUGCACAAACACACGUUGACGUUAUCGGAUGCUUGUUAAGUUCCUUUGAUUCAGUACAACUUCUCUCGCCACAGUGCUUUAGGCACCCUCCAGUGGCCAUCCUCCCGCUGGGCACAGGGAACGACCUGGCACGCUGCUUACGCUGGGGAGGAGGGUACGAAGGCGGCAGCUUGCUCAAGUUCCUUCGGGACAUCGAGCACGGCACAGAGGUGGUGCUCGACCGCUGGAACAUAGACAUUGUCCCUGAUGACAAGGAGGAGAAGGGAGACCCUGUUCCUUACAGCAUCGUCAACAACUACUUCUCUAUUGGAGUGGACGCCUCCAUCGCCCAUCGCUUUCAUCUGAUGCGGGAAAAGCACCCUGAGAAGUUCAACAGCAGAAUGAAGAACAAGCUGUGGUACUUUGAGUUUGGCACCACUGAGACCAUAUCAGCCACCUGCAAGAAACUUAACGAAUGCAUAGAAGUCGAGUGCGAUGGUAUCAUCUUGGACCUCAGCAACACCUCGUUAGAGGGCAUCGCUGUGCUCAACAUUCCCAGCAUGCACGGCGGCUCAAACCUGUGGGGUGAGUCGAAGAAGAGGAGGAACUACAACCGCAUGAGCAAGAAGGUUCCUGACAGGAUGCCAGCCAGCACCGUCACAGACGCUAAAGAGCUCAAAUUUUGCAUGCAAGACUUCAGUGACCAGCUGUUGGAGGUGGUUGGGCUGGAAGGGGCGAUAGAGAUGGGACAGAUCUAUACCGGACUGAAGAGUGCUGGACGCAGACUUGCUCAGUGUGCCAACGUCACCAUCAGGACGUCCCGGCGGCUGCCCAUGCAGAUUGAUGGCGAGCCCUGGAUGCAGCCCCCCUGCACGAUCCGGAUCACACACAUGAACCAGGUCCCCAUUUUGCUGGGCACGCCUCAGAAGACGCCGUUCUUUUUCUUCAAGAAACGCAACCGGAGCCGCGACUAGGACACAUGCAUGCGCACACAAACACACACACACACACACACACACACACACACCACCCACUGUAUAGGCAGCUCCAUCAGACGACUGGUACACUGUUCCCAGGGUCUCAUUGUCAGGAUGCCUACAGACAGUUUAUUCCCAGAGGAACCUGCAGCGACGGCACCCGACAUGAAAACUCUCAGUAUCCAGUACCGACCUCUUCCUGUGUGACCAUCAUGCUCUGCCCCAGAAUUGGAUUUAGUUUAGUCCCCUCCCCCCUGUCUAAAAACUCAGCCAGUACUGCACUGCCCGCCUAACACAACUCCAGAGUGCAGAAAGUGAUGGGAAAUAAAAGAGCUCAAACAGUAAGCAGGAGAAGAAGUGUGGCAGUCAUCGUGGUCGUUUGUAAGGCCGCUGCGUAAACACACCCACCUCUGUUUUAAUACACCUGUAUGAAUAAUGAAAUGGCGGCAGCUUGUAAGAGGGCUCGCUCCCCACAGACCGACAGCACGAUGCAGAGGAGAAGAGCGGACCAACCUCAUCCAUUAUUGACUUGUUUGUUUGUGUGUUGAUGGCAGUGGGGCGUAACGCUGGCCUGGACUGGGUUGAAACAUGCAGGGAUUCUUUUGGCCCUUUAGCAUCACUGGCCUACAAAAAACAGAUCCUUUAAACCACAUUUACAGACUGCGGAUGAUCCGGCAGUGGAGGUUCCUGUGCAGUUAUCACUGUGUAAAUUGAGUAUAGAUAGAAAGUAGAGAUUGGAGAUGUUGUAGCCUACUUAAGGCGAGACACUACAGGCAAAUACUCUCUUUUCUUUCAAGCACAAGUUUGAGAUUUUAGGGUAUUUUGCUUCCAUAACACGUGUUCUUAUAAACUAGUGGAAAGAAAACAUCCAAAAGACAUAAUUAAGUGUUUAUCUAUUCACCUUUAGUGUAGGAAUUUUACAAUAUAUAUGCUGAAAGGAAGUUUUUGAGCUAUAAAUCUCCACUUCAGUAGCAACAAACACCAAACUGUAUUUCUACAGAUUCUGAUUUUAAAUAACAUUUUAUUCCUAAAAACAUAGCAGAAAACAUCGAUAUCCAAAAUUCCCUCUUCUUUCACUGCAAUAUGUCAACAAAAUUUAACAAGAAUUUUUAAUCUAGUUUUAUCUAGAUGUAUGCAGAUAUGCACAUUAAUAAAGAUAAUACCUCAUUUGCAUAUUUAAACAUAACAUUUCAGAAAACUUGUAAUACAAAAAAAUAUUAUAUUAAUGUAACUAAUGUAACUGGAGAAGUUUCAUAGGGAUAUAUAUUAGUCAAUCUUUUUACCCUGCAGUGUCUCCUCUAACUCUAACAAUUCAAAUUGCAUCAACAGCUCCCGUGUGCCAUAGGACACUUUCAUUGGGUCAAGGAUUUAAAUAAAUCCCCUCAAGGGUAUUACAGCAGGCCCGGGGGUUUUAUAUUUACCAGAGCAUUGACAGGGGAACUAAAUGUAUCCCUCUAUUUCAGGGAGGGUCUAUCUCUCCUCCACUGAAACCCUACGCCUAAUUACUGUGUCAAACAUCCACUCACAAUGUCAAGUGUGCUGUCGGAGCGCACACCCCAGCCUGCCCCUGCUGCUUCCACACAUCCAUGAUGAGUUUCACCUGCUAAAGAUGCUAACGGAGGAAAAAUAGGAGGAAUUGUGUUUGAUGGAGGAUGGAUGUAGUUCAGUGUUUUUAAAGAAUGUAUCCAUAUUACUGUCUCCACAAUAUGGCAAACUAUAUUAUACAGUGUGUGCAGAAAGAGUAUAUGUAUAUUUCUGGAAAGUAAGAGUAGCUCACAUAUACUGUACACACGAAUGUGUUUUUAAUAUAUCAUUGUUAUUAAUGUGGAAAUCUUAGCUUAGAGGAGUUCGGAUCAGUAUUCUUCACCGUGCAGAGCCGCUGCAGUCGCUCUCUGGAGACCGUUUCCCACUUUGUCUCAUUCACGUCGUUUCAGAUUUGAGUUUAGUUUUGUAUCUUCUUUGCUUUUCUCUGCUUGUAGAAGAAACGGGAACAACAAAUGCAUCGUAAUAACAGAACGUGUGGCAAAAUAAUCUCGAACAUAGAGCUUCAUACGCGGUCUAAAGCUACACCAAUAACAACUUGAUGUGGAUGUAUAUCGGCGUACAUGUCCGCUCACAAGAAAUGACAAUAAAGAAAUGUAAUAAAGAUAAAUGUAGUCUACACUCUUAGCUAGCGGCUCUAUGAGUUUAUGUGCUUUGAGCUAAAUGCUAACGGCAGCAUUCUAACAUGCUAACACUGACAAUGUUUUCCCGCAUGUUAGCAUGCUAAUGUUAGCACAUUAGCAUGCUAACAUGCUAACACUGACAAUGUUUUUCCAGCGUGUUAGCAUGCUAAUGUUAGCAAAGUAGCAGUGAACACAAAGCACAGCUUGCAGGUAUUUGUACCAAAGUAUUGGAAACAUGUAAUACAAUGUCCACCUGCUGGUGGCGCUGAAUUAAAAGUUAAGGUAUCAUGUGAGGAGAACCAAAUAACAAAUGGCCGUACAGUCAAUAGUUGUUGAGACAUUUUACUCAAAACCACCAAUCUGAACCUUGUGGUGGCGCUAGAGGGAAAGUCAGGGGAUCACCGAAGUCUGUGCGAUUCAUCUUCUGGGGAACAUGAAUAUCUGUGCAAUACUUCAAUGGCGUUAUUUCAGUCUGGACCAAAGUGGUGGACCGACCACCAAACAAAUUGCAAAUAAUUCUUAUGAAAGAAUAUCAACAUAUAUCACCUUUUUGUAACUCUCAAACAUCACUAUCGCCCUCAGGUAGGUAAAGAAAAUAUUUUGUCACACACGCCGAAAACACACCAGAGCCUGCGACGAGCUGCCAAUGCAAUGUCUAUGGAAAUCUGCGGCGGCGAUUUGCGUCCACAGAGCAGAAAUGUUUCAUUAUUGCAGCCACCGCACUUGGCCGCUGCCUGGUGUUUCUUUCAAGCUCAAUAAAUUUAAAGGCAAGAUUGCGAAAGAGAACGUAAAGGUUGAAUGUUGAAACUCAAGCGAUCUAAUAUGUGACGUGAGUGAGACGUUUGUGGGAGACCGUCUCACCCCCUGCUGGGCGGAGGGAGGCUGCUGAGGUGUUCUGAUGGUACAAACCGAGCUCCGCUGUAGGGUCGGGCUUUGAAGCCUUUAUACCCUGUUUCCCUUUAAAAUACACCGAGUCUUACUCUUGCACCCAGGCCCCAGCGUAUCUUCGUACAUCAGAUAUUAACCCUAACCCAAAUGUGAUUUUGGGUUCCUCCAAACAGCAUCAACUGGGAGGGAGUUAGUCAUGUGUGAAUGUCAUCCAAAAAACAAGAAACACAGCAAAUCAUGAUGUUUUCCUCUCUUCAUCUGGAGGCUCGUUGUCCCUAAGUGGAGCCUGGGUGCCAAAAGAAGUCUGUGAUAAAAGAGUGCAUGUUUACAGUAACUUUACAUUUAUUGAGAAUUGUUUUAGACAGCUAUAUUAUCAAGUGUAUAUAUUUGUUUAUAAUAUUUUAUCUGAAGUUAACUUGCAUCACCGCAUGCCUGCUGAAACAAAAGGAGAGUGAACAAAAGAGUGGAUCCGACUAUUCAAACUUAUUUCUUUUGCUUAAAACCAUUUAUCUGAUAUUUUUAUUUGUAGUGUCUUUUUAUUUAUUCUGGCAGCAUGUUUAUAAUCAUGUGCAAGAAAAAGGCAGAGAAGAAGGACAGGAAGUAGAAUUCCCAGAUGAAGUUUCUGCUGUUACAUCCUUUUGUGAUUUAUUGUGGAGUCAAAGGACGGCAACAUGAACGCCCACACAGCCGGUCUGAGUGAAUUUCCAAUAUGUGUCACAAAUCAUGUCUAUUCCUGUCCUCUUCAACUAAUCAAUUGCCUUAACGGAUACAUGGAGCCGCUCUGUGCUCACGGCUUUGCACAGUGCUCACGGAGGAAAGUACAAAGAUGAUUACUUGCAGCAGCAUAUUGAAUAAAUAUACCCAAAAGGAAUUUCUUAAAGCCCGACGGCAUUUAGACGAACAUUCGGACGGUUUUAUCAAUAUUUGGCAGUUAGGUCGGUGAGCGUUAUGGAACGAUGUGAUUAACAAACGAGGGCGGUGAUAUCUGUGUGCAUCUUUAUCUGCAGGGUUUCCCGAAGCAAGUUGUGUUUAAAGAUGAGGCGACGACUCCCGUAAAAAACUAACAAAAAAAGACCAAAACCAACAACGUGUUGCUCUCACACGCCCUUUGUUCUUACUUAAACGUAACAUUUCCGCAUUAAAAUGCCGACAAACAAGUAGAUCUAUGUUAUACAUUUUCGUUGACUCGUGUUUCACAUUAUCCCAAAUGUUUCCAACAAUUUUCAACACCAGAGAAAUCUGUCAUUUUAAUCAAAGUAAAGGUGCGUUUCAUUUGGUCGCCUGUCACGACGUCGUCUCCCCUCUGAGCAUGUGUCAGUGUUGUGUCAGCCAGAAGAUUCACAAAUGUUAUCCAGUUUCAAGCCACAUUAUUACCCUGCACUUUAUAGUUUUUAAUUAUGUAUUUUAACCGGAUGAAGGAUUUUAGUUUAGAUAACCAGGUCUGUUUGUUUUGGCGGGAAAAACCUCCUGAACGAUGAAGCAAUGGACGCCACCAAGCUCUGUCUCUUCCUACUGUUUUUAUUGAGAGACAAUUGUGCGUUUUAAGUCUAAAACAGGUCACGUGUACUUCGGUUUUAUAUGUUUUAAAGAUCCAUACGUUCCUAAAACAGGUGGGCACUGUAGCGUUUAGCAAAAAUGACUUAAACCGGAGAAAAUGGUAAAUUUGUUGGGAACUAUUUCCAGCGGUGGAUUAAUACACAUUUGGUGCUGUAGUGAGUGUAUCUGGCAGCAGGACGGUGUGACAGUUUUGGCUACACAGGUAAUUCUUGUUUAUUAAUAUACAUUAAUUGUAGGUUUUGGUCUUUUCAUGGGAUUUGUUCACAAUAAGAAAAAUAAAGAAUAUCACCAGCUUUAUACUUUCAUCUAUUUGGCUUUUUUAUUUUGUAAUUAUUUGAUAACUGACUGACUGUCAAAGCAUUCAAAAAGGCACAUGUAGUUCAAUAAGAAAUAAAUCCAGAACAUUCAAAUGUA